AUGGAUCAGCAGCGGCUGAAAACCGAGUUCCUCCACCCAAACUCUACUCUCAAACAAGACUCUUCCACUGACUCACCCAAAUCCGGGAGAAUCAUGCCGCCACGAAAAUGCAAAGGCUCAUCGCGUCACAUCGAAAGUGGCACAUCCCCCUUCCUCACCCUCCCAGCCGAGAUCCGUCUUGAAAUAUAUCGCCAUCUCCUCGUCUCCAAGAAUCACGCCGAACUUCACUACUGCACCUCUAAAAGGUUCCGUCUCAUCCCUAAAGAACCAUGGGACUGCCCUCUCGAAAUCCAUCCGAAUAUCUUGCUCACCUGUUGGAUUAUUAAUAAAGAAGCUACGCCGAUCUUGUACUCGGAAAACGUUUUUCGAAGGGGUUAUUGCUGGCCGCGCCGCUAUGCUGUUGGGCGACACAGAAUGUGGCCGAUCUGUGAUACGUCGCCUUUGACCAAGGUUAAUUUCGCUUAUAUUUCACGAUUGCACCUUUUUAGAGAUUACGAGCACUGGUUCUGUGAUGGAAAGCUCAAGAUCUUCACUGACUUUCCGCAACUGAAAGAACUUGAUAUUCACAUUGAUCAGAAUGAUUGCGCCGAUGGGAUCAACAUGAGCGAGUUUCCAUACCAAACCCUCAAAGCAAUCCGCUCAGAUCUUCGGUCAUUCAAGAUGGAAAUACGUCUUGAUUUCCACGAAAAAGCACAUACAGACUGGCUAGCCAAAUGCAGAGACCUUAAGAAAGAGAACUUCAGUAUUCAUUUGGACAAGAAGCGCGCGCUGGAGACAUGGUUCGAACACGAGGGACUGUUUGCUGAUAGAUCACUUUUCUGGCGUUUCAAAACGCAGCGUUCAGAGUGGUGCGGACCGUCAUGUUACAUCAGUUUUGCUUUUGACGACAAGCGCAGGGAGUAUGAGUUUAUCGAUUUGGAGGUCUGGGAUGAUAGUGACGGCAAGUUUGGGCGUUUGAAGACCUCCGAGGAGAAUGCGAGUUCGUUGGUCUUAAGGGAAUAA